AGCCAAUGAAAAUCGUCCACGAAAAAGCAACGUGUGUUUACUUCAUUUGAGACCGGGAAAGGGGGAUUGAAUUAUUUCAUUCUGAAAGUUGAAAGGGUGAACUUGAGCCAUGUAUCGUUCUAUAGUUUUUCUGCUGGGUUGUGCAGCUGUAAGCUACGGUUUAUACUCUCCGUCCGACGAUGUUAUUGAUCUAGACGCGUCUAGUUUCAAUAGAGAAGUUGUGAAUAGUGAUGACUUGUGGAUCAUCGAAUUUUAUGCCCCAUGGUGCGGUCAUUGUCAGCAACUUGCUCCAGAAUAUAAAAAAGCUGCAACAGCUUUGAAAGGAAUUGCCAAAGUCGGUGCAGUUGAUAUGGAUAAACAUCAAUCAGUUGGAGGACCAUACAAUGUUAGAGGCUUCCCUACUAUAAAAGUCUUUGGAGCAAACAAGAAUUCUCCGUCUGAUUACAAUGGUGCACGAAGUGCAUCUGGUUUGGUUGAUGCCGCACUGAAUGGUUUGAGACAAAUAACUUCGGCUAGAUUGUCUGGACGUGGAGGAAGCAGUGGAGGUGGUAGUGGUAGUAGAGGAGGAAGCAGCGGAGGCUCCAAACCAGGAAAUCAAGAUGACGUCAUUGAAUUGACUGAUUCCAACUUUGAAAAAUUGGUUUAUGGUAGUGAUGACAUAUGGUUGGUCGAAUUCUUCGCACCAUGGUGCGGUCAUUGUAAAAAUUUGGCUCCCCAAUGGGCUUCUGCCGCUACUGAAUUGAAAGGCAAAGUUAAAGUAGCCGCCGUUGAUGCAACUGUAAAUACAGUUGUAGCCAGUAGAUUUGGAAUCCGUGGUUAUCCCACUAUUAAAUAUUUCCCAGCUGGAGCUAAGGAUCAAAAUUCGGCUGAAGAGUACGAUGGUGGAAGGACAUCUGGUGAUAUUGUUAGAUGGGCUUUGGAUAAACUUGCUGAAAAUGUUCCUCCCCCAAAGGUUGAACAAAUUACAAGUUCAAAAGUACUUGAAGAUGCUUGCGCUGAAAAACAAUUAUGCAUUGUUGCAUUUUUGCCUCAUAUAUUGGAUUGUCAAUCGAAAUGCCGUAACGACUAUAUCUCCGUUUUAUCAGAAUUAGGAGCAAAAUACAAGAAGAAGAUGUGGGGAUGGGCUUGGUCUGAAGCUGGUCAACAAUCCAAAUUGGAGGAUGCUCUAGGAAUUGGUGGCUUUGGAUAUCCAGCAAUGGCUGCAGUUAACUCGAGAAAAGGAAAAUACUCUCCAUUUAAAGGAUCUUUUGGUCAAACCGGAAUUGAUGAGUUCUUGAAAGCUCUCUCCUUUGGAAGAGGAUCAACCGUUCCAAUCGGAGGAGGAAAAUUGCCAGAAGCAGCUGAUAUCGAUGCCUGGGAUGGAAAAGAUGGAGAAUUACCAAAAGAAGAAGAAAUUGAUCUUUCUGAUGUUAAACUCGAUGACGAAUUAUAA